AUGGCGCCUAAAUUUCCCCCCGAAAUCCAUAUCCCCAAAUCAGGCAACUUUGACAUUGACGGCGACAGGAGGUUGUUAUGCCAAUAUUCUGCGGUUAAAGAUGACAUUGAAGCAGACAACUUCCAGGCUGGUAACCUCGACCCUGACGACAACAUGGGUUAUGUGCAAAUUCCUUCGUCCGAAGAUGACAAUCCGAAUGAUAGUGGCGUAGGUGAAGAAACGAAAAAUAUUGAACCCACUGUUGGAAUGAAAUUUAAAGAUGAGAAUGAUGUUUUCGAAUUUUAUAAGCACUAUACUUACCAAAUUGGCUUUCCUGUGCGAAAAAGGAAUUCAAAGAAAGGUGAUGACGGAGUUGUUCGUUAUGUAACCUUGACAUGCAGUCGGGAAGGCCGUCGAACUAGUGGUACAACUACAGUUUUGAAGCCUCAGCCAACCAUGCAAACUGGGUGUAAAGUAAGAUUGACGGCAUGUUCUAAACUUACUGGGGGAUGGCGUAUUAACACUGUCCACUUAGAGCAUAAUCACAAAACAAGCUCAUCCAAAUCAAGGCUAUAUCGAUGUAAUCGCCAAAUUAGUGCACGCGUGAAAAGGCAGCUUGAAAUUAACGACAUUGCUGGAAUACCAUUGCACAAGAGUUUUUACUCAGCCGUAGUUGAAGCUGGAGACGCGAUUGCAAUACAAUCAUAUUUUUCCAAGAUACAAGCAACUAGUCCUGGCUUCUAUUUUAGUAUAGACUUGGAUGACGAAGCCCGACUACGGAAUAUAUUUUGGGCAGAUAAGAGGUGUAGGCAAGCGUGUAAGGAAUUUGGUGAUGUAGUCACAUUUGACACUACUUACUUGACUAAUAAGUAUGAAAUGCCGUUUGCUCCAUUCGUUGGGGUGAACCAUCAUGGACAAUCAACUCUUCUAGGAUGUGAUCAAGACCGUGCUAUGCGAAAUGCAAUUGAAAUCAUAUUUCCGAACACAAAACAUAGAUGGUGCUUGUGGCAUAUAAUGAAAAAGUUACCUGAAAAAUUUGGUGGGCAUAAACAUAAAGCUCCAAUUCUUCAUGUUUUGCAUUGUUUGGUUUAUGACGUCCACAAUUGUGAGGAAUUUGAGCAAGGUUCGAAGAAGAUGCUCGAAGAUUAUGAUUUACACGAGCAUACUUGGUUAGCGGAUGGUCCCAUGUGCGACAAGGUACGAAAUGGAGAAAUAAUUCCAAUCGGUUUACACAAUCGCAAAGUUCAAGGAAUUCCAGGAGCAGUUCACCGGAAAGUGCGGUUGCGUAAGGAUGAGUGUGAUUUCAAAGUUUUGAAUCAAAUUGAAGGAAGAUCGCAGUGUUUCAAGGGGGAAGCAAUGGAUCUACUAAAAACUGAUAAUCAGCUCCAAUUACGGCUUAUGUCAUUUGCUUAUGAGAAUUUCCAAGAUGCAAUUGUUUUGGCUGUCACUGGAAAUGACCAAAAGAAUGUGGGAAAGUGA